AUGAAAUCAACACUCUUUUUCUUUGCUACUGCAGCUUUGGCCCUCCUUGCUUCGGCUGGCCCUAAUCGAAAGUGCGUUGUUAAGCACAAUGGUGUUGACGACUCUGCCAAUAUCAUGGAUGCUUUGGAAAAGUGUAAGGAUGGCGGCCGUGUCGUAUUCCAAAAGAAGCGCAACUAUGUCCUUGGUGAUGUUAUUGUGAGUCCAGAGCUCAACAACGUCGAGAUCAUUUUCGAAGGCACUUUGACUUACCCCUAUGACAUGAAAUACAAUGACACCACGCCUCCUGUACCUGGUGCUGUACAAGAUAUGAGCAGCUUCUUUUUAAUUAAAGGCAAGGAUGUCAAGGUGACUGGUGAUGGCGGUGAGAUUUAUGGUAACGGCGAACAUUGGUGGUCAUUGGAUCCGUUGCCUAGCAACCGGCCAUCUAUGAUGGCAUUCAUGGUUGAAAACUUGGAUGUGCGUGGUGUGCGCUUGAUCAAUGCUCCCAACUGGAACUUUUAUAUCCAUGAAACCAAGAAUGCCCUAUUCGAGGACAUCUAUAUCAAUGAUGUUGAUCAAUUAUAUGGUGAAAAGCCGCAUAACACCGAUGGUUGGGGUAUGAGCGAGACGCAUGGUAUCACCAUCAAGAACUCGUAUAUCAACAACGGUGAUGAUUGUGUUGCCAUCAAGACCAAUUCAUCCGAUAUCCAUAUCGAAAACUUGUAUUGCAAUGGCUCCCAUGGUAUUUCAGUGGGAUCUCUUGGUAACAUCCCCGAGCUUCCUGAUUACGUUGAAAACUUGUACGUCAAAAAUGUGACAUGUGAAAAUUGCCAGAAUGGUGCUCGUAUCAAAACGUGGGCACGAGGUGCGCUUGGGCGUGUUGAGAACGUGUCGUAUAUCGACUUUAGAGUGACCAAUUCAGAUCAUCCUAUUGCCAUCGACCAGUGCUAUUUCAAUAUCAAGGAACCUGAGUGCAGUAAUGAUCCCUCGUUGAUCCAAAUCAAAAACGUGCUUUUCCAGAAUGUCACAGGAAAUGCCAACAGCAAAGCUGGUCUUGAAGUGGCAAGCAUCAAAUGCUCUGCUGAAGCUCCCUGCGAUAACUUUGUAUUCAAGGAUGUUGAUAUCAAAACCUCUGAUCCUUCCCAGGAGGGCUAUUAUACUUGUGCCCAUAUUGAGAAUAGUGACCUUAGCGGUAUCAACUGCGUCCCACCUAAAUAA